CGUGUGCUCUCUAAUUCAAAACUAACAAGUGUUCCAAUGGUUGCCAGCCAAACCGUCACUCCUCUUCCCUUUAUCACUACCUUUAAUUAAACCCAACCCAAACCAAACCCACUUCCAUCACACAACCAACAUUCCUUCACUCCUCUUCUUCCUUUCCUUAGCCUAACUUCUCAACAACCUUCCAAAAUUCCCACACAAAAAAAUGUCCUUACAAAAUAACCCGUUAAUCAUGCUCUAGUCACUACCAUACUUUGUGCUACUGUUUUUAUUUUUUAUUUUCCAAUGGAGGAAUUAAAAGCAAACAUAUUAUUUGGAAAAUAUGAGAUGGGAAGGGUACUAGGCAAAGGAACAUUCGCAAAAGUAUACUAUGGAAAAGAAAUUGAAACUGGUGAAGGAGUAGCAAUAAAAGUAAUCGACAAAAACAAAGUGAAAAAAGAAGGAAUGAUGGAGCAAAUCAAACGCGAGAUUUCCGUGAUGAGGUUAGUAAAACAUCCAAACAUCGUGAACCUUAAAGAAGUCAUGGCAACAAAAACAAAAAUCUUGUUCGUGAUGGAAUACAUACGUGGCGGCGAAUUAUUCGCCAAAGUGGAAAAGGGAAAAUUAAAAGAAGAAACCGCUAGAAAGUACUUCCAACAACUCAUAAGCGCGGUUGAAUUUUGCCACAGUAGAGGAGUUGCACACCGCGAUUUAAAACCUGAGAAUUUGUUACUCGACGAACACGGAGACCUUAAAAUCUCCGAUUUUGGUCUCUCCGCUUUGCCAGAACAGCUUCGGCAGGACGGGCUUUUACAUACUCAAUGUGGGACCCCCGCUUACGUGGCACCCGAGGUUGUUAGAAAAAGAGGUUAUAACGGUUUUAAAGCUGAUACUUGGUCUUGUGGUGUUAUUCUUUAUGCUUUACUUGCUGGAUUUCUUCCUUUUCAACAUGAAAAUCUUAUUACUAUGUAUAAUAAGGUUUUCAAAGAAGAGUAUCGAUUCCCACCUUGGUUUUCGCCUGAAUCAAAGAGAUUAAUCUCGAAGAUUCUAGUUGCGGAUCCUGAAAGAAGAAUCACUAUUUCUUCAAUUAUAAAUGAUACAUGGUUCAAAAAAGGUUUAUCAACUAUUAAUUCAAAUGAUGAUUUGGAAUCAGAGAUGGUAAUGAUUAAUUCUUCGCCUAAAUUCUUCAAUGCGUUUGAAUUUAUUUCUUCGAUGUCUUCGGGGUUUGAUCUAUCGGGUUUAUUCGAGGAAAAGAAAAAGAGAGGUUCUGUUUUUACUUCCAAGUGUUCUGUUUCGGAGAUUGUGUCUAAGAUUGAAAGUGCUGCGAAAAGUUUAAGGUUUAAGGUUGGGAAGGUUAAGGAAUUUAAAUUGAAGUUGCAAGGGAUGAUGGAAGGGAGAAAAGGGAAGUUGGCUGUGACGGCGGAGAUAUAUGAGGUGGCGCCGGAGCUUGCGGUGGUUGAAUUUUCUAAAUGUUCCGGUGAUACCUUUGAAUAUGUCAAGUUUUUUGAAGAUGAUGUUAGGCCUGCUCUCAAAGACAUUGUUUGGUCAUGGCAGGGGGAAUGAUGCCACGUGUACCGGUAACAUGGCUAAUUAAGAUUCUCUUAAUUUUGGGUGAUAAUAUUAGUAUUUUAUGAUUUCUCUGAAAUUUGUGUAUAUAAUUUUAAUAUAUGCUUAGAGUUGGGUGCUUCUAGUUGAAUAAGUUCUAACUAACUUUUCCUUCUCUUUUUUCACUUUUUGUGCAUUUACUAGUGGCUUGAAUGUUAUGCAGAUAGUUAGGAUUUUGGUGAGACUGUACAUACUCCACCCUAGAAGCCCUCGAUUGUAUAAUAAUAAAGUUAAUUUUGAGGAAGAAAUAACAAAACAAUUAACUAUUUGUGUUUUUAUUCACAAAUUGUUGAUGUUCUUCCAUUUAA